GACCGGAUACUAUGAUAUGGCCGGCCUGUCGGCGACGCUCCGCGGCGCCGGGGCGCCGUGGUCGGCCGCGGCCGCGCGCCGACGCCUUCGGCCGCGAGCGCCUGCGGGAGCCGUCGGCGGCCAGCGCGUCGACGUCCGGCCCUCGCUGAGAGCACUUGCGGUCCGCGCACUCGAUGUCGAUGCUGACCGCUGCUCUGGACCGCCGAACGAUCCUCGAGCCUGCAAAGGGUCGCCAUACGGGGGUGAAACAUGCCCAUAUAGUGACCUAGAAGAUUGUAUCUUAGUGAGACAGAGUGAGCAAUCCCCUGACGCCCAAAUAAAAUAAAAAUGAACACCCGGCACCUCUCCAUUGCGUGCAUCCGCCCCAUGGGCGACAGCGAACUUGGGUUCCCCCGCGCGGUGAGCGUGGAGUCAGGAAAUGUAAUAGUAACGAAUCCAAGAAGCGGGACCCAUACAUGCACACCGCUCGAUAAAGUUUGUAUCGAUGAUGCGGAGACAGGGCGAGUUUUGAUCGAGGUUCGAGAAGUACUAUUGGAAUCUGUGUUGAACGGGUACAGUGCGGCGCUGUGCGUGGUAGGUGGCCCAGGAACAGGAAAGUCUCGAUGCCUUUUUGGUGCUCAUGAUCUGAAGUCUGGCCUACUACCAGAGUUUGCAGAGACAUACUAUCGCCGCAGGGGACAGCAAGCUGCUAUUGGAGUAAUUGAUGUUUCAGUUUCUCAAGUAUAUGGCGAACAGGUUUAUGACCUUCUCUCGCCGCGUCAUGACUGUUGUUCCAGCAAUGUAAGCGGCCUUGGCGGACGCACAUACCACACGGCCAAUAGUCGAGAUGAGUUCCUGUCUUUGGUCGCAGAUGCUCUAUCCGUUCGAGCUGCACUAUAUCUCCAGUCAGAUGUAUUCCCCAACUGUGCUCACCUCCAUAUCCAGUGUGCUUGUCAAACCGACUGGGGCCAUAACACCGCGUCAUUUUUGGAGAUUGGCUCACAUACAUUCUCUAUGGGCACGAAAACCAUCGAGUAUACCUCGACAGCUGAACAAUCUCGUGAAGCUCUACAAAAGUGUGUUGCCACCGGCCGCUUGGCUAAUGCCUACUUGUGUGACUCUAUGCUCACAAGUAUGAUGGUACAAAUGCUCACUGAUCGACUUCGCACAAUUUGGCUGGGUUGUAUGGGCCCAACCCUCGUUGAUAUCUACGAGAGCGAAACCACACUAGCGCUGCUCGCAGAGUCUCGACUUCUGCAAUAUUCUUCAAUGUCGGCUUCACUGAAAUUGCGCGAGCCACAUUAUUCGCCUCAUUUGAAUCACUCGCUGAAGGAGCGGCUUCGGAUCACAAGAGAGUACAAAUCAGUCCGGAACAGCUGGCUGGCUACAUUGGGCUUGGAGUCUUCUGGUCAUGGUCGCAUGGCAGAAGUACCUUGCUUAUCAAGUAUAUCACCAGAUGUGUUUCUGUCCCAUCGCCUCUACUUGCCAGUUGACAAAAAUAAAAUUUUGAUUGGGUCUAGGUUUGGCUCUAAUGCACAGAACACACGCAUAGUCAUGUUCAGGGUAGCUGGGAUUCUUCCAGCUCACUGUAUUAUAUAUCUGACUGGGGGAGACAAUCUCAUGUUGGAAGUCGAACGAGAUGCAUUAGUUUCUGUCAACGGGGAGCGCAUCCUGGACAAUACGCGGAAGCUGUAUGACGGCGAUCACAUCUUAUUGGGACAAAAUAUACUUCUCCUUGUGCACAUGUCAGAGGCGAGUGUCAGGAGCCAACAGGUCACGUGGAGUAUGGCGACACGCAAAUUUCACCAUGAGGCGAUCACCGCCCAUCUUUCCCACAGAAAAAAAUUGCAGUGUGAAAAUUGGAGCCUUGAGCAACAGCUAGUGACACUGAGUUCCAUGGUCUUCGAAGCAAAUUGUGUCUCCGACGAGCUAAAGAGAGACACGCGAUUCAGGGUCAAAGUAGUUGAAACUGGUGAAGAUUUAUUUGAGCCUGAGCCUUGUGUUGUCGUAAUUUCAGAACGCAAUGAUGUCGCAGACACUUGGAGCUUGAUAAAGAUGAGUCGUCGGCUUGCUCAGAUUCGAAGCCUGCGGUCACAUUGGUUUGAACUUUACGGGAGGCCCUCCUUGUUUGACACUGUCGCUGACAAUCUUUUCUACGACCCCCCCCGGCAUGAACUAGUUGGUGUUGGGUUCUGUUAUCUAGAGCCCAUCUUUUACCUCCUAGAUAUUGCCGCUACGGUGCCUAUCGUGAGUUUCAAAGGUGAUGCUGUCGGUACGGUUGAUGUCCAGCUCAGGCCGAGAAUAGGGAACUCGCAAGAGAACACGCACAGGGCCAGCGAAGUGAGCUUGGACAGUUAUUUGGGGGAAAAACUGGAUCUCAUGAUCAAAAUCAAACGAGCCAGUGCGCUCCCACGAAAGCUGUGCUCUUCUGUGUUUGUGCGAGCAUCGUUCUUCUUGCAGCCUUCCCCUUUGCUAACGCCAAGAUGUGCAAAGAACACAGUAAACCCUGCCUUGGAGACCGUCUUUCAGCUUCAUCAAAUGAUCACCGACGACUUUCUAACAUAUCUUACAAAUGGUGCGCUGGAAUUGCAGGCAGGUCUGGGGGCAGCGGUGAUUUUGCCUGGUGCUAGCCUGCCCUUCAUCAAAGAAAGUCUAGCUUAUUUUCUUGAAGUCAGUGACCUAUCUGUACGGGCGUCAGGCGCUCUCUGAUCAAGGGAAAGCGCCCUCUCCCGACCGUACCUAAAGAGGCGAGGCCCGGUCCUCUCAUCCAGGGAGACCGGCGCACAAGCAGCGCCAUAAAUGCGCGCUGAUUUUUUGUGUCUUUUCUGCUGGAUGUGAAGGCCAGCUCUCCUGGCCCCUUCUGCUGGCCGAAGGCCGGCCAAUUUAUUAUUAUUGUUUUUGGCGGCCGGCCUCCAAAACAAGCGCUUUUUGCGGUGUAGCGGGAAUUGCCCUUCGAUGUACACUUCUCCUACUUGACUUUGGGUUCACAGUACAGAGUAAAAGUUCCUAGUAGGGAGAUAGGGAGAUCUCCACUUUCCUAGUGGCUCGCUGACCGGGUACAGAGCCACCCAGGGUCUUCCCCUUUUCCCCCGUAAAUAUUUCUAGCUGCG